UUCGACUUCCACGGCCGGCGGAUGGCGACCUGCUCCAGCGACCAGAGCGUCAAGGUCUGGGAUAAAAGUGAAAGUGGAGAUUGGCAUUGUACUGCUAGCUGGAAGACACACAGUGGAUCUGUAUGGCGUGUGACAUGGGCCCAUCCUGAAUUUGGGCAGGUUUUGGCUUCCUGUUCUUUUGACCGAACAGCUGCUGUGUGGGAAGAAAUAGUAGGAGAAUCAAAUGAUAAACUGCGAGGACAGAGUCACUGGGUUAAAAGGACAACUCUAGUGGAUAGCAGAACUUCUGUUACUGAUGUGAAAUUUGCUCCCAAGCAUAUGGGUCUUAUAUUAGCAACCUGUUCAGCAGAUGGUAUAGUAAGAAUAUAUGAGGCACCAGAUGUUAUGAAUCUCAGCCAGUGGUCUCUGCAGCAUGAGAUCUCAUGUAAGCUAAGCUGUACUUGUAUUUCUUGGAACCCUUCAAGCUCUCGUGCUCAUUCCCCCAUGAUAGCUGUAGGAAGUGAUGACAGUAGUCCAAGUGCGAUGGCCAAGGUUCAGAUUUUCGAAUAUAAUGAGAACACCAGGAGAAUCAGUGUUGAAGAGUUUAUACCUAGGAGGACCUCAUCUAGUUUGGGGGCCAAGGAGGUUCACCUAGAAGAAGAUCUAUACGAUAAGAAGUUGGUAUUAAUCAUGUUAAUGUAUUUGACCAUUUUCUUUUCAGCUAAUUAUAUGGACAAUUGGAAGUGUACUGGCAUUCUGAAAGGUAAUGGGAGCCCAGUCAAUGGGAGUUCUCAGCAGGGAAACUCAAAUCUGUCCCUAGGUUCAAAUAUUCCAAAUCUUCAAAAUUCUUUAAAUGGAUCUUCUGCUGGCAGGUAUUUCUUUACCCCUCUGGAUUCCCCACGGGCUGGAUUGAGAUGGUCCAGUCAUACCCAGCUCCUUCCUCCUCCUCCUCCUCUUCCUCCUCUGGUAGAGCACUCUUGCGAUGCUGACACUGCCAGCCUCCAGUAUCCUCACCCUCGCAGACGAUACCUCUCUCAGCCUCUUAAUCCCCUACCUGAGAAUGAAGGGGUUUAAAACACUGAUUUAACAUUUAAAGGCCUCAUUCAAAUGCUUGUAAAUGCUUUCAUUCCUGGCUGCUUUUUGUUUUUCUUCAUUUUAUUUCAGAAGAUUUUUCUAAUUUAGGGUGUGUCUUGCAUGUGUUACAACCAAAACAUAAUGUCUGGAACUUAAACCUGUUUGUGCAUCUGCAUCAAAGGAACAUUUACUUCACCUUUGAUGAAAUGAGAAACAUACAAAUAACAUUAACUGUGGAAGUUAGGCAUAGUAGCUGACUUCAAAGUGCCUGUUUUGUAAAUUUUAUUUUGAACUGUUAUCAUAAUCUUAAGUUUCUUAUGCUUUGUCAUAUUGGUUAAUGUGGAAGUGUAUCAUUAUGAAAUUCACUCUGCCUUUGAAACAUUAAGAAAUGUUUUAAUGUUACAGGCUAAUGUUGCAACUAACCUGCAUGUAAAAUAAAGCAUUCCUGUGUAAAAAACAGCAAAACA